GAGGAAACAACAUAAACAAUAUAGCAUAGGGCAUGAUUGUAAUGUUAUAGCGUGUUUCGUCCCAUUAUGUUUUGGUGACAAGUUUUAUUCAGUUAUUUUGUGAUUAAUAACAAUUAUGAGUGCUGAUGCACCGAAAAAACUUUUCUUUUACGAGUUAUGUAGGCUAUGCCUCGAGAAUGCCGGCGCCACCGAUGUAUUCGAGUCCGGAGAGUUCCUUGAAGACAUUUUUGCUUGCACAGGAGUGAAACUUGCUCAUGCGGAUAACUUACCACACAAAGUAUGUACACAAUGCUUAGCCAUAGUGAAAAGCUCUAAGGAGUUGAGAAUACUUGCCAUGAAGAAUGAUGCACAUCUACGCACUUUAUUUGGUGAUGUUGAUUCUGACACUGAAACUGUAAUCCUUGAGCCUUGCACUCGUAUAACAACCCAUGACACUCCAUCUAAAGCUGGGUCUGAAACUUCAGAAAGAUGUAAAUACCAAUCCUCAAAAGAAAAACUAAGUUUUCUCCUACAGGAAGGUGAAGAAGAAAAUAACCCUAAGAAACGUACUAAAACAAAAAGUCCAGAAAAAAUAUUAAAAGUAAAAGUGGAAGAAGAAAAUCGGUGUAAACGGAUCAAGUUAGAAGAUAAUGAAACAGACACACUUUAUUGCAAUGAAUGCGACAAAAGUUUUCACACAAAAAAGAAACUAUACCUACACCAAAGGCUACACAACAAGAAAAUCAUCUGCCCGCUAGACGCGUGCGGUAAAAAGUUCGCCACCAAGGGCGACAUGCAGAAACAUAUCAGAACCCACACAGGGGAGAAACCGUAUAAGUGCAAAAUGUGUAACAAGAGCUUCGCGCAGCGCGUGAGCUUAAGGCAGCAUAUGUCAAGCUUACACAGCCCAGAUGAGACAAGUAAUGAUGGUGACUGAUAGUGAUAAAUCACAAUUAUUAUAUUCAGAGAAAACUCUUUACAUUUUAUGAUGCAUGUGUUGAAUUUUGUCUUCGGUCUAAAGAAAAGACGAGUUAGACCAAGCUAAGUUGGCAGCGAUUCUGAUAGCCCAGUGCUAAGUAGCAGUUGUAAGUGUUAAGUAAACGUUAUAAUUUAUCCCCUCCCACCCAUCCAAAUCAUUAUACCUGUAACUAAAUGUAAUGCGCGUACGAUCUAGGUUAUUUUUUUUUAAGCAAGAAUUCUUUUUUCCUUCUGUUGUAAUUUCCAAGUUACAAGACGGCAAUUAUAUGUUUGACACUGUCGGUCAAUGAAUGUGAUAAAGUACCCGUUUUCAUAGUGCGAUUAAAACUUUGUAGGAAAUUUUAUUGUAUAAAAUUAUUUUAAUAUUUAAAAGCAUUAAUUUGACGUUUCUAUUAUGAGAAUUAUGAUUAUCAACAAAUCGAGCGUAACCAAUUUUAUUCAUAGAUAUUUUUGUGCAAAUGUAAUUAUUAUCAAAAUAUCUAAGAUCUGGCCAAAGAAUUAACAUUUUACAAGAGAUGGAUUAACUUUUAUCAGCUCUCCUUUUUUUCAUAGAUUUGUACGAGUAUAUUCUCCAAUGCGAACUAAAAUGUAUAUUAACUAACACUGCGUUCAUUGAAAAAAAUGUCUGAGUUGUCUGACGGCAAAUAUCUUGCCGUUACCCACUAAAGGGUUAUACACCGUGGCUCAAUUAAACCCUACAGAUUUUAAGGUGUAUUCUUGACCGCAUUUAGAGAUAAAGAUAUUCAAGUAGGCAUAUUACAAUGCGCUUAUGAACGUCAAAUAAAGCUACACCGGCUCUAACCCUACACUUCUGACCCGAGAAGAUUUAAAUCCCCCCUCAAUUGGAGGAGGGUAUCCCAAUAUGGACCGGCAAGAAACUCGGCGGGACACAUCUUUUCAAAACAUUACAUCUUAUAAUUAUCAUGCAUUAAAUAAGAAAAAUAAAAUACAAUUUAGAUUACUAUAGAGACUAAAAUGUCAUACAUAGUUGUCAAGGUGUAAAAAUAAAUAACGUGUCGAGCGCAGACAACGCAAAAAAAAAUUUUUCGGCAAAAAAAAUCUUUUUCUGGCGUAUUGGCCAAAACUCGUAUAACAUAUUUUGCUCUUUAUGACCUCAGGAAUGCGUGGUUGAAAACUGUCAGGUUUGAUUGGCCCACGGUGUAUAGGUACAGAUCGAUUAACAAAAGCUGUCACGAAUAGAAUGAACGAAACGAAUUAUAUCUGUCAUUGUGUGACUGACACACGUCGGUAUACAGUCAGAGUCACAAUUUUAGUUUAGUAUGUACUAGUAUGUACUAAUAUAGUUGUUUACUAUACCUUUCGCGUCGAAUGAGACGCUCCCUAUAACAGUUCCUUCAAGUCUAUUUUGGUUGGGAUAAUAAAAAAUAAUGUAAUGAAAAAAAAAGUUUUACCUUACUUAUAUUACUUAAAUGUUACAUUUCUAAAUGAAUUCAUUUGCCGAACUUCCGAUAACUGUCUACAAACAUUUUUAAACUUAUUUUUUUGUUUGACGACCGGUGUGGCCUAGUGUGGGUAGCCCCUGCCUAUGAAGCCGAUGGUCCUGGGUUCGAAUCCCGGUUAGGGUAUUUAUUUGUGUGAUGAGCACAGAUAAUUGUUCCUGAGUCAUGGAUGUUUUCUAUGUAUUUAAGUAUUUAUGUAUUAUAUAUAUCGUUGUCUGAGUACAACACAAGCCUUCUUGAGCUUACCGUGGGAAUUAGUCAAUUUGUGUAAGAACCGUAACAGUUACGGCGUAACUCCAUAUAAAGUGAACUAUCAUAUAGGGACCAUCAUUCAACGCGGGAGGUAUAAACUUUAUUAUAAGUUUACUUAGGGUUUAGUAAACUUAUAAUAAAAUUGCAUGAAAUAUAUACAAUAGACUGUAUUGUUAAUUUCGUAUUUUUAUUAUUAAGUCUUCUACAUUUGAUUUUAUACCUUGUAAUAAUUUUAAGUAAAUCUUAAAAACACCAGACGAUUGGGUGGCGUGAAUAUUCACAUUAUUUAUUUGCAUUAAAGUAAUCAUAUGGAUUUAAACCGUGUCUGUCGGCGGCUGAUCGUAAAAUCCGCCAUAUCAUGGAACACCGCCACUUCAUGACAUGAUCAAGAUUUGUCCAGGAAUAUCACGAUCUGCCCGGCAGAUCGAUAAGACAAUGUGUCAUUAUUCGUGGUUACGUACCAGGCACAUCGUAAAGAACUUACAUUAAUUGUAUUUUGACGAUGGUAGGUAGCUGUGUUUUCUGUGUGAAAAUAUCAGUGUCACCGAAAAAAUAGUUUUGUACGCAACAUAAUAAACUUAGUAAAGAGAGGUAAGGUUCAAUUCUAAAAAUAAGGUUUUGUUUUCCCUUCUUAUUUGAUAUGCCUGAACGAUAUGGCUGCUGGUCGGUACUCAGAUCAUCAAUUGGCGGCGUUUCAUGAUGUGCCUGGGAAUUUCAUGAUCUGACGGAUUUUACGAUCGGCCGGCGACAUGUAAAGUAAUUUAUAAUUUUAUUGUAUAUUCGGCUUAAUAAGUUAAUGAUUCAAUUGAAAACGAAUGUCAUUUUGCGAAAGUACAAUCUAAUUUUAACCUUCAAUCGAAUUGCUGGAUGAAAUUAUAUUACCAUGUACAUAUGUGGUCGAUAAAUCGUAUAUAGCCUGGAAAAGGAAAACCUAAAUUAUGACCUUAUAAUUGCAGUCCUAAAAUCGAGACUGCAAUGUUUGUAACUUUUGAAAUUUUGAUUGAUCAUAAUCAUAAACUACGCACUUUAUAACCAAUUUUUUUUUUAAAGAUAUAGAUUCACUAGAUUUAAAAAGACUGAUUUAAACUCCACUUUGCCGUCAAUUUUUGAGAAAAAUCUCAUAUCUUUGCGAAUUUAGAUGCAGCUAACGUUAUUAUUUAAUCUAGGACGGAUUGCGUCUCUAAUCUCCGAAUUAGGCCGCGUUCCCAAUAUGUCGUAUCGACAGUUAUCGUACCGUCCUAUAUGUGAACACCUCCAUUUAACCCAUACAUGACCACGAACCGCCCAGCGUACUCAAUACGCCGGGCCACUGUACAAACAGUUUUUAGCUAAAACUUAUGGCCUGGCGCGCACGGUAAAUAAAUCGCCGCUUAUGAAGCCGGCCAGUUGAACAACAUUAUGCAACAUUUUUACUAACCACCUUUUAUCUGUGCCUAUCAAAAAAAUGAUUUUUACUUUUCUUACGUAUUUAACUUGCUUUUUUGUUGUUGUUUUUUGGGUCAAAUUUUGGAAGUUCAAUUUGAUCCAUUUCCCGAUUUCCUAUUUUGCAUACAUAUAUAAAUCGAAUGACGAUGCAACAUUAUGAUGACAUGGAGCUGAUCUGAUGAUGAAGACAGAAAAUGGCCAUGGGAAUUAACUCUGUGAUAAAACAAACGCAAACUAAUUAUGUUUGGGGUUGUUACAAUUAUCUCGAUAAGUAUUAGUUGCAUGUGAAAAAGUACAGUCAGCGAUAAAUAUACAGGCCACGACACACGACUAUCUGUUUCGGCAUAGUGGGAACGCGCCCUUACUGUUAUUGAUUACGUUCGUGAUAUACGGGAGCACUGUAAGCAGAUAUUCUUUGUUUUGAUGAAAUAAACUAUGUAAGAGCCUAGCAUAUGUACGUAGAAUAAUAACAAAUACAAAUACGUUUAUUUCAUUACUUUUUACAAUAGUUAAUAGGUACACAUAUUAGGUAGGUAAGUAGUCCAUCUUAGGUACAAAGUAUGGGUAAGAUGUGCAACAAUUUGAUUAAUUAUCAUUCCUUCACUUUCUCCCAUUUGUAAGCUUCCGCAACACUUAUCUUACUUCAGAAACUUUUCACUCUUUGUUUUCCUUGGAAGAUCUAGGAAAAAGUUUCCACAGUUUAAACAGUAAAGCCCAAUUUAGACCGUUCAAGAACUUACAUACAUUGCUAACUGCAGAUUACAAUUAAUUCAGUCAAUCGACCAAAUACCGCAACGUAACGAAUAUCGCAUGCAAGUUCUUAGCAGUCUAAAUGGGGUUUUAUAUUCUACUCAUUAAGACUGUUGAUGGGUAGUGAUAAUUAAGUGACUCCACGGAUAGAGCGAGAGUCAGACCAAGCUAAGUUGGCAGCGAUUUUGAUAGCCCGGCCUGUGCAAGUGUUAAGUAAACGUCAUAAUUUCAUAGCAGUUUGACAAUUAAAAUAACAUUUGCAUUGUAUUUUGACACUUCGGUAACGUGGCGUCCGAGUGACAGCUUUGUGUUUGACACGGCGUCGAAAAGUUUAAUAUCGUGCGCUUCACUCAUUCAUUCAUUCAAUACUGUUUUACGAUUAGUACUCUGUAGCUGUGUGUGUAAUCAUUCACCUGGACUCUCCUGCCGAUACCUAUACAUAUACUCUGUAUCUUUAAGCCAGUUGAGGGUAGAUGAAAACAUUACAUGAUCAAUUAAUGUAGGUUAAAGUCAGGUCGUUCAGUGACGUAUCCAGGCGGUUUUGUAUUUGAUUGGUUUAGCCAAUAAAUGUUAUAACUACCCGAAAAUGCACAAACUGUUUGUUUACUUUUAUUUAAAUACCCACAUUUCUUGGCACCAGAUGGAGCCUGAAUGUAAAGACCCUUGUUGCUUUGAAACUGUGUAUAUAAAUGUUGAUUUUAUACUCAUUAGAUACUUAAGUUUAAAAACAAGAGAAGUACCAUCAAAUGGGGUAACUUAGGACUAAUAAUAAUACACUGUCAAUUUUUUUUAAACAUUUUUUCCUAUGUAUAGACUUAGGUAAGUCAUAUUUUACAUUUUAGGCAACUAUUUUAUUUUAAAAAUUCAUGUUUAGUUACAAGUACAGCUGCAGAGAUAACUGACCCCCUGCAUAGAAACUUGUUUAUCUAGUCAAAAUAAUGACGCUGAGACUGAUAGAUCGAAAUUCAAAUUUUAUAACGGUUUUGAUGUUCCUACGAUGGGGUUGGUAACUGGUAACUGUCAAGAUUUGUACCUAUCAGGUUCCAGCAUAGGUUUGACCUGUCUCUAGUUUGAUUCUAUGAGAUUAGGCUGAGGAAAUACCAGCUGAGGUCCUUCUCAGAUUUGAGAAUUUUAGGUAAAUAUCUCCGUCGCGCUGACGGGGGUGAUUUCUAAAAUUAGUGCGAUAAAGACAACUGCAGCUUAGGCGAAAAUCUCAGAAUUCGAGGUAUCGUUCUCGACAUUUCCCUCCUCCAAAAGCGAAAGAAAUUAUCUGUGUCUGACAGUUUUAAUUUUUGCGUUUGUUGUCGCUGAUUUUGUAUGCUAGGCGUCUGUUUACGGCGCAUUUAUUUGGCCGUUUUUAACGCAAUAUAUUAUAAAAACAAGAAUAUCAAACAGCAAAACAUACAGGUACGGUCAGCGUCAAAUACUUUGUAGCAUCCAAAGUAGUCAAAUAAUUCGGUACACCAUAUAUUUAGUAUGGUGUACCGAACUAUUUGGCCACUUUGACUGCUACAAAGUAUUUGACGCUGACUGUACUAGUAAUAUUGAGCUCAUAAAAAAAAACUCCUUGGUUGAAAAUCUUGAUAGGAAAAUGUCGAGAACGUUUGUAUGGAAAAAUGACCACUAAUCCUCUUAGGCCUUUUAACCUUUUGAACGCCACGCGUAUCGUACGCGGCGCGUAAUCGUGAACCUUGUCGGUACGCAUGAAGGUUGAUAUUGGGCUGUAGCCGCGCGCGUCAUAUGACGUCUUUGGCGGUCAAAAGGUUAAGGCCACAAAAUUCCUAGAUAAACUAGAAUUUGACAUUUCUGACUGACAGGUAAAACCUAUGCUUGCGCCAUGUGAUACAGAAGCAAAACAUUUCGACCGGCCAACCACAGGGGCCGUUGACUUUGUCUAAGUGUAAGGCCUGAGGGGACGCUCGCUCGGCGGGGCGUGCAGUGAUGUGAGCAGCGUGCACUAAGGCCGCUCCUUUACGCUUGCAUUUGUUUAACAUGCACGCCGCACGCCCCGCCUCGCUGCACGCCCAACUCGAGCGUCCACUCAGGCCUUACACUAAGAGUGGUCACGGAGCGGGCGGACACGCGCGGGUGCCAUUGUAGGUAAAAUCCGUCGCACGCGUCUGCGCCAGUUAGCGUUGCUCAUACUAUUUUUCGUUAACCCGCUCCGUGCAACCGCACCAGCUAGCGGACGCCCAUAAUAUCCAAGUUACCCAGUUCGAGGUAUUCUUAAGUCUAUGACUGACUAUUUUUAACAUUGUGGUGGUGGGCAUUUAUUGUUAUUUUUUUAUUGACUCAAUCAUUUAGGUGAAAUGUUUGAAACAUUUAUUUAAAUAAAAUACUGUUAUAUAUAA